GUUCGCACCGAUAUUAUUUAUAAUUUUGUAGGCACUGAAAUCACGCUAAUUGCUUCCUUGAGUGCGGCAUAUGUUGGCUCAGCUAAAUUGGCCCAGGAAUCAGUCACAGAUCCUAAGGAUCAUCAUUCGCGAUCGAAAAAUAACAAGUCUGGACUGAAGAAAUCAAGACCUCAGAGGCAGCAACAAGACAAGAUGGGCAUUUUACUGGGGAAAACCAUGGAUGAGAAUUUAAAGAAGCAGCAGGAAUUUAUGUUGAAAACAUCAGUGAUUCAGAUGGAACGCCAGAUACAGAUGCAAAACCAGAUGCGAGAGCGGAUGAUGGCCAUGCAGAUUGCAAGAGCACGGGACAUAUUUGCCUGGUUUGGUUCCUUCUAUGCACUGGCCUCUCUCGGAAUGAUUGCAGGGUUCAGCAAGCAGCGGAAACCAGCAGCCCUGGCCCCGGCACUACCAUUGACUUUCCUACUGGCCUACCAGUAUGAUCUGGCAUAUGGCAAUAAGAUGAACAGAAUGAGGGGAGAGGCUGAUCGCAUCAUGGACACAGAAGGUAUUAUGUUGGCAUUGCCACAUGGCCUACCAACACUUUCCAGUAUUGAAGCAGCUCGCCUGGACCAGGACACCAAAGACAGACCAUCUUAAAAACCAUUCUGUGUACACAGAGUGUUAGUGUAUUUUCUUGUAAUAUUGUAGCCUUGAAUGCAUUCAGUAAUUAGAAUGUUUUACAAUGGCCUCACAAGAGAUCCACCAUCCAACAUAGAGGAGGCUCCAUCUUAUUUGUUUCCAGGCAUAGAACAUCGGAUUUGUAGAUGUAGUUCACUUUGUUCAUAGUCAAGAACACACUUCUGAAUCCUUACAGUG